CGAUGUAAUAAUGGCCGAAGGUCUCGCGCACACAGCAGACACCAACGCGUCUACUCCUUCCCCCAAUCCCGCGUCCUCGGCCAGAAAAGAGGACGGCUCCGACGACGCCGUGCGAUCGUUAGCCACCACCUCUGCAGCUCCUUCUGCUUCCACCAACCCCAACGCGCCAGCUUCCGCCAUGAUUCACAUGCGUUGCCUCAUCGUCACCCAGGACGCGUCGAUCAUCAUCGGUAAGGGCGGCACACACGUCAACGAAAUUCGAGAGAAGAGCGGCGCACGCGUCGUUGUUUCUGAGAGCAUACCUGGGAACCCAGAGCGUAUUCUCAACGUCAGCGGCCCGUUGGAUGCCGUUUCCAAAGCGUUUGGACUAAUAGUCCGAAGAAUCAAUGACGAGCCUUUCGACGUCCCAUCUGUCCCCGGAAGCCGCGCAGUCACCAUCAAGUUUAUGAUUCCUAAUUCUCGUAUGGGCUCCGUCAUCGGCAAGCAAGGUUCGAAGAUUAAGGAAAUCCAAGAUGCCAGCGGAGCGAGAUUGAAUGCGAGCGAAGGGAUGCUGCCUGGGUCUACAGAGCGUGUCCUCAGUGUGGCAGGUGUUGCGGACGCCAUUCAUAUCGCCACUUACUAUAUUGGCAAUAUUCUCAUCGAGGCCAAUGAGCGGCUCCCAUCUUCGGGAAACUCAAGUUAUCGGCCCUCCAGUUACACUCGCAGGCCACCGUACACUGGGUCAUCUUACGUCCCAGGAUACUCGUCUUCUCAGCCAUACGCUGGCGGUCCCGGCGGUCCUGGCGGUCCCGGUGGUCCUCCUGGUCCUCCUGGUCCCGGUGGUCCCGGCGGUCCCGGUGGUCCCAAUCCCCCUCAACAGCUCCAAACACAGCAAAUAUACAUCCCCAACGAUCUCGUCGGUUGCAUCAUUGGCAAAGGUGGAAGCAAAAUCAACGAGAUACGGCACAUGAGCGCUUCACAAAUUAAAAUCAUGGAACCCGGUGCUGUUGGCGUCGGUAUGAACGGUGCCCCUGCUCCCUCUGGAGGUGAAGGAGAACGUCUAGUCGUCAUCACCGGCCAGCCCGCGAAUAUCCAAAUGGCUGUUCAAUUACUUUACCAUCGUCUGGAGCAAGAAAAGCAGAAGCAGCUGCGGGCCCAGACGGCGUAAGGGGCGUCUUUGUGGGUGAUGAUCGUCAACAUUUGUCUUGAAGCGAUUUUAUGUGCUUGUCGGUUGCAUCAAUGCUUUGCCCGUGUAUUCUUAGUCAAAAACAUAUUCGUUUUCUUGCGCUCUACUCUACAGUCUCUACUUUGGACCC